AUGAAAACGGUCACGUCGGGCACCUACGACGCUCCCAGGCAAGCGGCGGAACUGUACGCUCCGGACGGCGUUUUCUGCGGGACGGAGAUCUUCGCCCCCGACGAUCCUCUGUGGGGAUCGGCCUCGGAAGUGGACCACUUUGCUCGGCUGCCGGAGCUGAGGGUGGUGGAGUACGCGCACUCGUCGGUUCGCGUUCGGGGCGAAUUCGCCACCCAGACGGGUACCCACACUUUCUCUUGGCAGGGAGCGGAGGGUGAGACGACGGUUGAGAUGAGGAUGCGCUUCGGCUUCACGUUUCGCAAGGACGACGACGAUCACCACCACCCCGGUCGAACGAGCCGGUGGUCGAUAGUGGAGCACUACUCCUUCGCUCUGCCCACAGCAACUGCUGUUGCUGCCGCCGCCGCCGCCGCCGCUGCUGCUGCCGCAUCCGCGCCAGCGGAAGAACCAGUAGUAGAACCGACAGAAGCGGCCGCAGAACCAGCAGCAGAAGCAGCAGAGGAACCCGAACCACCAGCGGAAGAACCCGAACCACCAGUAGAACCCGAACCGCCAGCAGAACCGGCACAGGAACCAGCCGCAGCCGCAACACCGGAAGAGUCCAACGGAGACGGCGCGGUUGUCGACACCGCUACGCUUCAGGCCACAGCAGACCUCCUCGCGGAGGAGCGAACGAUGCUAGCCCAGCAGAUCCGCGAGCUCCAGCAGCGAGCAGAGAGCGCCGAGUCGCUGGCGGCCGAGCGAGCCGUGCUACGUGCGACGGAGCGCGUUUCGCGAGCGAAAAUCGAUGCCCAGCUCUUGGAACGCGCCAAGAACGCGGAGAUUAUCGCUGCCCAACGAGCCGAGCAGAUCGCCGAGCUGCAGCGAAGCAUCGCGAACGAGAAAUCCCUCGCCGCGGAGCGCGCGCAACACAACAUCGAGCUCGAGCAGGUCGCGCGAAACGCCAAGUCGCUGGCAUCCCAACUCGCGACGGAGAUGGUGGAGCUGGACCGCCAGGUGGACAGCGAGAUAUACAUAUAGGUACAAACUUCUUCGUUUCCCGCCAAGUGUUGGCUGGCUUUACCUGCUGGCGUGGAAGAGAAGCACCCGAGAGAGGGUGAGGGCGGUCCGGUCGAGAAGCCUUGCGAUCGAAUGUUACACCCUUCUCGCGGGCGGUUCGUGCAGUAGCGUAGCCGCGCAAAGGAAGUCCGAGUACAUGUAUAGAAGUGGCCUUGUGUAGAACGACUGACAGCCAUCUUGCGCACGUGGGGUAAGUUGACAAGAGUAACCAGCUUACACAGUUGGCGACGCCACAACCGCAUGGUGCAAGGUGACCAGCACCGUCACCAUUAUAGUUAACUAGGUUGUCCUCAUGACGCACAGGGGCUGCUCGGAAGUGCCCAGAAUUUGACCUCUUUGCAAGUCUUAGAAUAUGGACAUUCGACGCUGGUUUGACGCCGUGUGCUUGUGUUGUUGGAAGGUGCGUACGGGCUGCGAGCCUUGGUGGCUCGACGGCCGAUUGAUUGAUGUGGAAGAAUCGUGCAGCCCCAGUCCUCUGUGCUAGAUGGCAAUGAAACAGGACAGUGGAUGCGGUCGAAGUACGACUGUCGCCUUUGUCGCCUUCAAGCGAGAGAUUGCUCUGUGGAGUAGGUCGGCAGCACGCGUGUUUGUUUCAAGAGCAACUUCUGUGUUUGGAUGAUACAAGGUAUUCUGGAGCUGCAGUAGACCCUCUGUGACGUGGAGAUAGUAGGAUGAAAAGGUGAUGUGUUCGAGCCCUGGUGUUGGCCUUGUUUAUGCAUAGCUUCACCCGGUUCGAAAUCUAGUCCAUGAGUUCGGUGGAAGGAAGUGCUCUUUGGGGGAGAGCACUUUGGAGAUGAUGGAAUUGUCGGCUGGGGACUGGGCGCCGGGUGUGCAUGGAGGGAAACUAUAGACGCAGUCGAUGAUAACCAAGGAUCAGCGAUGAUAACGGCCAAACCGCCGAGAGCACGUGACCUGCCUCCAGCUAUGUCUAUUCGGGUGCGUCCAUUGAUUACAAAUCUCCGCAGCUUUAUCGUGUUCCCACUUGUCUUCUCCACGACCCGUCCGCGUUCCUUCGUAGACGAUGGCGAUAUGAGGGGGUCACUUGUCGUACUCGUCAUUGCGGCAUCGGCCCCACGGGCAGUUCGGGUGGGCGGAGAGUUCGCCGCGUGAAUGGAACACGUACAUUUCGAACUAGCAUUACCAACAGUUCGGACUA